AUGGCAACGCUGGCGCGGAGACCGGAUGCCCCAGACAAGCUGGAGACAGGUGAUCCGAAAGCCAAAGCGUCGGCCCCGGCACCCCCGGCUCCGUGGGAACGGCUUUACCAGGCGAAGGUGGGCGCGAAGGCAGUCUCGGAGACCGCUGCUGAGGAGGAAGUGAGAACGUGGCUUCCGGAGGACCAGGAGCUGUUCUCCUUGCGAAACGAGGUCUUCUUGCUAAGACGCGAACUCGCAUGUUUGCAAAGCGCACCUCCGAAGCCAAGCUGCGGAGACGGGGCAUUCCAUCCUCCGAUGCGAUUUGGCACGCAACCGCCGCGGCAGGUGGUCCAGGCUGCGCGCCGAGCCGAGAAGGGCGCCGGUGCCGUCACGCGCAAGGGCAACGAUCUACUCAGCCUCCGCGCGGAAAGGGACCGUCUCCUUGCGCAGCGUUCGGAGAUGCUCAGAAUGGCCAGUGCCAUGGCCACCAGGCCCAAGUCGAAAUCCCCGAGGACAGAGGAGAAGGAUUGCGAAUCCACAAGGAUUGAGAAAGCGGACAGAAUCGACCUGCGGCAGGCCAACGAAGAAUCGAAGCUGGAGCAAGCCAGCAACAGCCGAAGUCCCAGCCCCAGCAGAUCCUCGCGCGGCGCAGCGCAACCUCAAGCAAGGGAAGGAAAGCAGGCUGUGCUCAGCUGGAGUCCCAGCCCCAAGAGAUCACCAACAGGCGCACUCAGCCAGCAGGGUGCCAAAGCAAAGCAGGCAGCUGGUGCUUUGACAACUGCGAGCUCCAACAGAUCACCACAAAUUGCCGGCAAGCAAUCUAGAGAAAAGCAGGACAGCAGAAGCCUUAGCCCCAGUGUGUCGCUGCGCCUGGUGCAGCGCCCUGGAAAAGAGGCCGAGUCGCAGAAGGCUCGCAGCCGGAGUGCCAGCCCGAGUACGUCAACGUCACCUCGGCGUGCACAGAGCCAGCGAAGCGGCAAAGCCAAGCAGGCUGCAAAGCUUCGGCCGGCUCAGAGAAGCCCGAGUCCUGUGAAUGCGCACACCCCGCGAAAGGAAGCAAAGAAGGCAGAGACCCCGGUGCGCAGCGAGAAGAAGCUGCAGCGAGCAGCGUGCUCACAGGGAGCCAUCGGGCGGUCUUUCACGUCGAGCUCCGCCACUGUCUUCGAUCGCUUGCAUGAGCAUCACAACCGGAGACUGCACGACUUGAAGGAGCGUGCAGCGGCCGCUGAAGAAGAAGAGCAGGAGCGUGCCCAGGUGCUACAAAGCAGAACUGUCUGCCUUCGCUCUGCAGCUGAAGCACAGGCUGCAGGUCAACGAUUGUACGAGCAGCGCAAGGGCGGAAAGGGCGGAAGUGGCAAGACAGAAGCUUCCCGGUUGAAGCAAGACUCUGACGUCUGCAGGAUGUCACCGCAGGUGCCCACACUGGAGCCGCGAUGGGAGCAGCUUUAUGCUUCUGCACAACGCCAGUCAGAACGACUGCAACACCGUCGACUUUUGCAGGAGAUGGAGGAAGAGCAUUGGAUGAAGACGCAUUCGUUGCACAAGGGUGAAGAUGACGGGACUGCGUAUGAUCGACUGUACCAAGAUGCGAUGCAACGAGGUCAGCGGCUUUAUGCCAAGGAACAAAUGCACCUGGCAGCAGAAGCACGGGAACUUUCCGAGGCAUUCGUGCACGGAACAUAUUCCGGUAACUUGGCAGCCGAAGUUGCGGCGCAGCGAUCACGUUGUCUCUAUGAGGAUGCUGGGCAGAGGUUGGAGCGGCUGGCUGCAAAGAGGGAGUUGCUAAAUCCUGCAAAGCCCAGUGCACCGAAAAGCCAUGUGCCCUUCGAUCUCAGCCAAACUGCACGUGUGCACAACUCCGCCGCUGCUUUGCGGCAGCAGAACCCCACCACAGAGAGGCAGGUGCAGGCAGGCGCGGGUGAUCCUGCUGCCAUGUCACAGCUGCUGCUGUCCCGGGCAACAUCGUGGCGACAAAGCCAGCGUUAA